AUGGACUUGACACCCAGAGAUGCAGUUCUACUACUGUUCAGUCGUUCCGUGCUCAAGUUUCCUCACCAUGUUGCCAUCGAAGAUGGACCCGAUCAAAGGGUGACAUAUCAACAACUGGACGAGCGGUCAACAAGUCUGGCUGGGCAUCUGGUCGCAAUCGGAGUUCGCCCUGGAGAGAUAAUUCCCCUAAUUACCACGACAUGUAUCCAGAUGGUUGUUGGAGUUCUGGGAAUCCUCAAAGCAGGUGGAAUCUAUGUUCCGAUUGACCGGGAGCGGUCUCCACCACAUCGCGUGGAGUACAUCAUGCAGAGAGCAAACAACAAAAUAGUCGUCUACACGGGGCGUAGUCUCGAACCCGGUACCCGCCACGCGGUUCAGUUACCGCUGGCUUCGCAUAACCAUUCGGGCGAUUUCGAGCCGUUAAGCGGGCGUAGAAAUGAUGUGAUGGCUAUCGUCUUCACGUCUGGAACGACAGAUAAGCCGAAAGGAGUUCAGAUUCGCAGCAGCUCCGUGGCAAGAUUCGUAUGCUCGCCGGGGUUCAAUUAUGAUGUCACGGAGACGGACCGGGUUCUCCUCACUUUAUCAGUUGGGUUUGAUGCUUGUCUGGGCACCAUGUUUAAUACGUUGUGCAAUGGAGGUACCCUUGUGCUAGCUAACCCGGCGGUUCUCUUGGAGAGAGCCCGGGAAUGCACUGUGAUCGUUGCCACGCCUUCAAUUAUCUCGAGCCUCGGGGAACCGUCUAGCGCGGAGUACCCACAGCUAUCUCGGAUGUUCAUCGGUGGGGAGACUGCAUCCCAAGCCUUACUACAGGCCUGGGGAAAGCUCCAUGUGCCAAUUUGGCUUGCCUAUGGGCCCACGGAGGCCACCUGUGCCAUCUUGACUGGCAUUAUCGAGCGGAAUCCUACCACGGGGCAGUUCCAUCCGACGCAUCUGGGGCGUCCAAUCCCGGGAUCAACGGUGAUGCUGCUAGGUCCUGAGCUUUGUGUUAUCGAGGCAGAUGAUGAACCGGGUGAGAUAUGUGUCUCCGGACCGUGCCUGUCGGCAGGGUAUCUUGAGGAUGAGGCAAGGACAAAGGAGAAGUUCGUUAAAUUCCGUGGGAGAACCCUUUAUCGAACAGGGGAUACUGCAAUUUGGUCCCGGACCAGUGAAGGAGAUCGAGUGCUAGAGUUCAAGGGUCGCAACGAUCGAAUCGCCAAAAUCCACGGAUUCCUAGUCAAUCUCGACCAAGAUGUUGACAGAGGCAUUCUCCAAGCAUUUCCCCUUCUUCGAGAGUGUUAUUCUCUCAUUGUGGACCACAUGCUGUGCACGGCGGUAGUUGGGGACGCGUCGGCGUAUCCGGACGAUUUGCUCAUGACAUGGAGGGAGAUAGCAGCAGCCUAUACCGUCCCAGAUCAUAUAUUCUGGCUUGAUACGCUUCCAUUGAAUUCCAACGGCAAAGUCGAUCGCGAUCAGCUGCUGAGCGUUUUUGAAUCUUCUCUGGCGCAAAAGAGCUACCACACCAUCCCGGCCGCAUUUGAGACUUUGGAGAGUGCGAUUCAAUUUUGGAUACACCGCGAAAUGCGGCUUUCCUCAGAAUUGGUGAGAGCGGAGGUCUCCUGUCUCGCACUGGGUAUUCACUCUCUGGCUGCAGUCCAGUUAACAACUUUCUGCCGGCAAUUUGGUUAUCCUGUAUCAGUUGCGGAUAUCCUCUCUGGCUCUUCCAUUCGCGCCCUCAGUUUGAAAACGCCCAAAUCCUCCGCACAGACCAAAUCCGUUGGACAGGGGAAGCCGGCCACGUCCUCAUUUCUUACCCCUCUUCAACACAAACUGGUCCUUGAGACAAAACUUGACACCAGUCUGAACUAUGCUCAGCAUCUCUCUCUAUACCGCGUUGGAGACAUCGCACAUAUCAAAGCCGCUUGGCAGACGGUGGCCGCAGAAGAGCCAUUGUUUCGAACGACCAUUCGAGAGGAGGCAGAGCAGCUCGUUCAAGAGAUCACGAGUGAAGUACAGUUUAUCUGGGACGACGUUUCCGUUGCCUCUGCUCAAGACAGGCAGCAUGAGAUCGUCGCAGUCAAGGAGAAAACUAGACUAGGCUCACGCUUCCUUGCCAUUCAUUAUAACGGGCGCGACCCCCAUAAUGACGAAGUUUUGUUGGUAUGGACAACACACCGGGCGCUUCUGGAUGGCUUCUCCGCUGCAAUACUGUUUGAGAGAGUGGACCAAGCCCGACAGGGGAUCCCCUUCCCGGCCUCUACCCCAUUCGCGCAGGCUGCGAAGGAACUAGAUCAGCUACGGAUAUCGUUGAAGUUGGAGGCCGACAAGUUCUGGGAUCAACAGAAAACUCAAGUUCCCGGUGGUACUGGUGAGUUCAACAUCUCAAACUUACCGUCACGCGAAGCGCCUGCUACAAAUAUCGACUAUAACCUUAGUGAGCCCAUCAACAUGCAACAGUUGCGGAAGAGCGCUCAGCGGGCCAACGUGACGCCCGCUGUAAUCCUGCACGCUGCGUGGGCUUUGGUCGUGUCCACUUAUACGAACAACGAUUCUGUUAUAUUCGGUAUUGUGUUGUCGGGACGAGAUCUCCCCUUCUCAUGGGCGUCAUCCGUCAUCGGUCCAUUAAUGAAUCAAUUACCGUUCAGCUGCCGAAUUCGACGGGAAGAACCUGUCGAGUACUUCGUGCAGCGAGUCCAGAAUGACCUCCGCGAGUAUUCCCGAUUCCAACCCAUGGAUGGUCCGUCAAAUAUGCCUCCUGUCGCCACAAUGCUGGUGGUGCAGCCUCCCGGGCUGAAACUCGCACCCAUCAGCAUUGUUCCCAUAGAAACGCCCGUCAUGAGAGAUUCCACUUCCGUGCCUCUUAUUGUUGAUGUCGCCGGCUCCGGUGAAGUCCGACUGGUAUAUAGGACGGACCGUUUCCUGCCACAGACGAUUCAAGAUAUAGGAGCUGUGUUCCAAAACGUGGUUCGAAACCUAACUAAUGAGCCGCAGAUAACAAUUCAACAGUGCCUGAGCAAGCGUCUCUCGCACUCAAUGAAACUGCAACUUUUGAAACGGGGCAACGGAGACCGGACUGAGACAAGAAUACAUGAAACUGGUGAGACAUUGAGCAGCCUGUUCCGGGCGACGGUCAGAGCAAAUCCAGACACAGCUGCCAUCCACAAGAAUCAAACUACCGUGACCUACAUUGAGCUCCUCAAUAAGGCGUCUCGUGUCGCACACAUCAUUCAGAAGCUCGUUCGCCCAGGAGAGGUCGUGGCUGUUCUUGCAGAUAGGUCCAUUAACUGGAUCAUUGGCAUCUGGGCUGUCGUGAUCUCCAAUGCUGUAUACUGUCCAAUUGACGUGUCUUAUCCAGCAAGCUAUCAAUCCAAGCUCCUGACAAUAAGCAAUGCAUCCCUGCUUUUAUUGCCACACUCAAGCCAAAAGCCAAAUGACUCAUUAGAGGGGCCUAUUUCCAUUGAUAUGGAGAGUGUAUUACAAAGUCUAGAGUCAGCAGACUUCGAGCCAUGGCGAACUCAGAGACCUUCCGAUGUCGCGUACAUCUGCUUCACGUCCGGCAGCACAGGAAUGCCCAAAGGCGUCAUGUGUCUACAUCGCGGACUUGUUGCUUUACAGGCCUCCGAAACAACACGACUGGGUAGCCAGCCCGGGCGAAGAAUCGCGCAGUUCCUCGCUCCGGGAUUUGGGGGGUGCCUGCAUGAGGUUUUCUCUGCGCUUUGCUACGGGGGAACCUUAGUGCUACGCAAAUAUGAUGAUGAUAUGUUCUCACAUCUUGAUGAUGUGGACGUCGCGAUCAUCACCCCUUCGGUGGCUGCGGAGGCGGAUGCAACUCAAUUCCCAAAGCUCCGCUAUGUUAGUUUUUAUUUUCCUUCCCUCCUAACCUACUUCCCAGUCAUUUCCAUUGACCAACUUCAGGUUUAUUUUGGCGGCGAGGCAAUCACCGAGCCAAUUGUUCGGCGGUGGUGGUCUCCUGAGCGGCACUUGUACAAUAUCUAUGGCUCAACGGAAGCAACAAUUUUGAAUUGCCAAGGGUCACUGGCACCCGGGGAACCAAUCUGUCUCGGUGGUCCCGUCCCAUCGUCUCGUUUGUAUAUUUUGGAUGACCAUCUGGAAAUGCUUCCACCAAACACAAUUGGUGACAUUUUCAUCGCCGGCGUCCAAAUGAGUAGUGGAUAUAUCAACAUGCCCGAGCGAACAGAGCAAGAGUUCAUUACGGAUCCAUUCGUCGGCUGUGAUGAGAAGAUGUAUCGAACAGGAGACCUGGGCUACUUUGACCAUGAAGGCAAGCUCUGGUAUUGUAGCCGAAAGGAUCGUCAGGUGAAAGUACGUGGAUACCGCGUAAAUCUUGACGAUAUCGCCCUGGUCAUCUACGCCGCAGUCGCCACGGUUCGCAAAGCCGUGGCCGUUGCUCAACCACAGGGCAUUGCUCUCUUUAUUUGCCCUUCCGGAGUGGACAAGGGCGCUAUCAAGAAAGCAUUGCAUGCCGCUCUUCCUCCUCAUUACCAGCCAUACCGAAUUUACACUCUGACCGACAUUCCUCUGUCACCAAACGGAAAGCUUGACCUUAAGUCCCUAGCUCACUCACGAGAGACACAGGAGGACGACAUGGAACUAGAUGAACUUGGGACCGAGCCCCUUAAUGACACAGAAAAAGCCAUUCAGGAUCUAUGGAAGGAACUACUUCAUCUCGAUCCUUCUCAGAACCUCUCGCGGCCGAGCGACUUCUUCGCACUUGGAGGUGACUCAAUUGCAAUGCUCAAGCUGGUUCGCCAGAUAAACGCAACCUUCAAUAUUCGCUUGACGGUCAGGGAUAUAAUCCUCCGCCCGACCUUAGAAGAGCUGGCUACUCUCGUGCUGCAAGAAGAAAGUGCCGCACGAGGCGGUUCUGCGAUUGCAGAAGAGUUUGGCCGACCCCUCGGGAGGUCCGCACUGUCUCCACCUGAGUUGCUCUGGGCACAUCUCUACAACAAUUCGCAAUGCCAGAGCUCGUUCAAUGUACCUUACCGUGCCACAUUAUCACCGACAGUCGACCUUCCUACACUAGUGUCCAGCGUCGAACAGGUUCUCAACCAUCACACCAUCUUGCGAUCACGGUUCCGAAGAAUGGCCGAUAAUACCUACGAGCGUGUGAUAUCAAGUGAUCCCAUCAUAAUUUCGUCCCAGGUUGAUAAUGUUGACGACUGGGUCAAUCGACCGUUUUCUCUGGACGAAGCUUUGGUACGGGCCGUCGCGACACCCGACACUCUGCUGUUCAAUAUCUCACACAUUCUAUGUGACUACGGAACAUUGGCUAUCCUGUUGCGAGAUGUUGGGUCUGUAUAUUAUGGGAAACAGCUCCCACCGGCCACUCGCGAGUACUACGACGAGUCAUGGGGGUUGUCAAACCUAGGAAGUCAUUCUGAAUUUUGGGCUACGUAUUUGAAAGGGCUGCAAUUCCCUCGGGUGUCAAGACCGAGAGAAGGUCGCUCCUACUGCGGUACAUCGACUUUGAUCGAGAUCUCCGGAGAUACCUAUCAUCGGCUGCUCACACUGGCCUCAGACCGGGUCUUCACGAUUCAGCAAUUUGGAUUGGCCACUACUGCGACUGUGCUUCAAACGUUGGGCGCGACAGACGAUAUAUUGAUGGGCUCCGCUUAUCUCAACCACCCAAACCCAGAAGACGACGGGGCGGUAGGUCUCCACCUCGAACCACUCCCGAUUCGGGUCCGCGUGGAAGAUACAGCCAUAUCUGUAGGUGACCUCCUGCGUUCUGUUGCUACAUCUUCUCAGAAUGCCGCGGCCCAUGCUCUCCCGUGGCAUGGCCUGCUGUCCCAAUUGGGGAUUCCAUUCCCGUCAGAACACGAUGAGGUCUUUGACUGUGGCGUAACCUUUCACGAUCGACGAAGGUCAGCGCAUGCGCAGCUGGACAUUGAAGGUGUGGAUCCUAUGCCGGUUUGGCCUGAGGGAUCCUUGUUUUCUAUCUUGUUCGAGUGGGCUUGCACGGAAGACCAACUUCUUCUCCGGCUGCAAUACAGCACCGAUCGAUUUUCGGAGCGCUUUAUGAGUGUGGUUCAGGGGCUGUUGCGGCUCGCCAUUGAUCAUAUGCUAGAUACUGAGCUGUCCCUAGCGGAUCUGCGCCUUGCUCUCCAGCACUGUUUCAAGGAUGCUUGUGAGGAUGCUGCGUUGUCGGCCACGACUGUUCGUGAUCUCGCGAGAAAAUAUCUCAUUGGACCAGUAUAG